UUCCUCAGCGAUAUUUGGGUCGGAACCGACGGGCUCGCUCGACUGCUGAUUGGAGUCAUCUUUUGGAGCUGCGGGGUGGGGGGGAAAUGUACCCACAGGACACGAUUCAUAAUUUCAUUGAAAGGAAUGUUGUUAUGGAGAAGCCACAGAGGUACGUGUCCACCUCAAGGCAAAAUAACAUAACAACAACAGUAAUUGAGCUGCAGCAUCCAGCAAACUACCUGACGAAGUUCUCCAUAGAAUCAAAAUUGCCUGACAUCAAACAGCAUGUCAGGAAUGUUUUUUGUACCAGCGCCACAAAGAAGCCGCUGGUGUCGGCGGGGGCAUUUCUGCUCCCUGCAGGCCUCCCGGCAAAACGGAUGUUUACAGCCGUGCCAAAGGUGGCCAAGCCACCUCUAUGUAUUGUUGAUACCAACAAGGGACACAAGGAGUUUCAUAACAAAUUCUCAGGGCUUGUCCCGGUAUACAUAAGGAAAAAGGAUUAUGGAGAAGUACCAGCGUAUCUGCUGCGACGCAAAGGGAAGUAUCUCAAGGCUCCCGAGGAGAACAUUAUUGAGGUGACAAAACCGGUUUUGUCACCCCCGGAGGAGCCCGAAAUAGAAAACCUUACAGAUGAGGAGUGUCGCGAAAUCAUUGAGGACCUGAAGAAGAAAUUUGUAAGGCUGAAUAUGACUUACCAGCGCCUCCCGUUUGUCAUCGACACGCCGUCGUUGAAGAACCGGAAGAUGCGACUGGAGGGGGACAUGCAACAGUUGGAGAGUGACAUCCAGCUCCUAGAAACGUUGCUGUCCAACAAGUAGCAGAUGUGGCAGCUCCGAAACAAACUCAUCAAAGUCAAAUCAGAGGCAGGCCCUGCCUGGGGGACCUCAACCCCACCCCACUGCUUUG